AAAAGAAAACAAAAUGGCAGCUGCCGUAGUUGAUGAAGACGAAGCUUGGCUUUAUGGAGAUGAUAAUUCAGGCAAGGAAAAUGCAAAAAUCAAAUCAACUACAAAUGGUAAACGAAAAAAAGAUGACAUGGAAGAGGGUCAGCUGAGUGGUGAAGAAGAAGGUCAAGAAAAGAAAGAUACAGCUGACUCAGAUGACGAUGAUGAUGAUGAUGACGAUGAUGUUCAGGUCACUAUAGGUGAUAUUAGACAGUGGAGUGCGACUGAUGGCGGUAACAAAUUAUUUAAAGGAAGUGGAACAUAUCAAAAACCAGCAGGAGUUGUGGUGUCAAAGACAGGAGGGGCAACUAAAGGUGUAGAUAUUGAACAACAGGGUACUAUCAAUGGUGUACCUACUUAUGAAUUUGAUAUCACUAGUAUUGAAGACAAACCUUGGAGAAAACCUGGUGCUGAUAUAACAGACUAUUUUAACUAUGGUUUUGAUGAAGAAUCAUGGACAGUAUAUUGUGAUAAACAGAAGAAGUUACGUGCUGAAAAUGGUGCUUCAUAUAGUAGUUUGUCUGGUUCUUCAAUUAAGAAGGAUAUGAGUAAUACCUCAUCUCAUACAUCCCAAGUUGCUACAUUGAUAGGGCGUAAAGCAGCCCCACCCCCUAACCGUAGAUAUUAUGGUACUAUUGAUGUUAUUGGUUCAACAGCUACCAAUACUCGCAGACCUACUGAGACUGGUAGUGCCAUUAGUACUAUAACAGUCACUGGAGGUGCAACAGAAUAUAAUCCUGCAGUACCACCACCUGGUAUGGCACCUGCUAUACCAGAUUAUAGUGUACCACCACCUGGAUUAGGUGUUCCUCCUACUUUAUUACCACCUGGGGUUACACCAAAUGUGAGUCUUCCUCCACCAAAUUAUCCACCCCCAGGUUUCUAUCCUCCGCCUGGUACAAUACCAACCAGUGAAGCAUAUGAAGAAAGAAAUUAUACCUAUGAUCCAGCUACUGGUACUUAUAAUUAUAGUGGUGCUCCUCCAGCUUGGGAUAGUCGAGGUUCGUAUGGUGGAGGUUAUGGUGAAUAUAGUAGUAGUAGAAGAGAUAGAUCACCUGUAUCAGAUGAUGAAUAUUCUAUGUCUAGUCAUAGAGACAGGGAAAGGGAUAGAAGUAGUUCAUACUAUAGAGAAAGAGAUCGUGAUAGGGACCGAGAUAGAGAUCGUGAUAGUAGAAGUGAUAGAGACAGAGAUAGACGAGAUCGUGAUAGAGACAGAGAUAGAUCACGAGACAGGGACAGAGACAGUUCUAGAGAGAGAAGACAUAAAGAUGAUUCUAAACAUAAAAAAAGAAGAUUUAAGGAAGAAAAAGACAGUGAUGACCACCAUUCUUCUUCUAAACAUAAGAAAAGUAGUCGGAGUAAAAAAAGGGAUAAAGAUGGUGAAGAAUCAACUGAUGAUAAACAAACUGAAUAAAUACAUAUUUCUUCUCAUGUAAAUCAUGUCUGACUGAUGAAUAAUAAUGUUACAUAUUACUUCUGACAAUGACUAAUGAUCUGCUACAAGAUGUACUUAUCAAACAGACUGAAAUUAGUCAGUUGUCUGAAGAUUGCAUAGCGUGAAACUCUGUAUAACAACUAACUUUGAGCUAUCUUUCUUGAAACUAAGUCUUAAAAUUUCAAAAUUCAUUUUGUGCCAUAGUUUAGUUCUUGAAAAACAGGGUACCAAAUGCUGCAAUCUACACAUGGCAUAAGAUGAAUUGCUUAUUACAUGCUAAGCAAAGAUACUUGACUUAUCCAGGGAUUAUUCAAAAAAUAAUCAAGAAACACAAACAGUACAUUUGAAGGAAGCAUAGAGUCACUGAUAAUUUAUAUUGCGUGGAAAUUAAAGUCGACAGUUUUGGCUUCUCCUGGAAUUUGUAAAGAAUUUAUGGUCAGCAUGAUAGAACAGUUCAGGUCUGACUAGUUUCCUACAGGUACUAGUUAUGAUAUAUAAAUGCACACUCAAAGGAUAUUUCAUAUCAUUAACAUCAGGAACCAUGUUCUCACUAUUACACUUUAAAAUGAAGUAAACACCUUCACAGUCUAAAUAUUGUUGGAAAGAGAUAUUUAGUGGUAUUCACAUAGUAUUAUUCUUGAAGAUGACAUGACUUGACAAAUCUUGAAGUUUACAAAGUUUUAUUGUAUGAGUCACUCUCGCAUCCUGAAUGCACAUCCUAUUUUCUGAUCAUGUCAUUUGCUUAUAUACACACAAUCAUCAUAUUGUUACUGUGUAAUAUUAGAGAAAAAAGUUAUUUGUUGUCUA